ACUGACCUGAGUACAAUCGUGCGCUAUCAUUUGCCGGGAAGUGAAUCGCGGAAGUGAAAUUGAACAUAGCAAAACCGUUGCAGAAUGAAGCCAUUGUGCUUCUUUCCAGAAUUGGCAAUAUCAUGCUAAAUAUUUAUUUACAAGACAAAGAAAAACCAAGUUAGUUUUGUGAAUUCGACGCUUCAAUAAUUUAAUGAUGUAUUCACCAAAUAUCGCACUUUGUUUCGCAUUUCUGCUUGUUGCUUCGUUCUCGGAAUCUCAGGAAGAUUUUACGAAUGGCGAUGAGCAAAGCGACAACUCGACAGUGCAGUCUGAUUCUCUCGUAAAUUCUACGAAAUAUCGAAAUGAAGAGAUGGAACUAAUACGGUGCAAUUCACACGAAAAUUCUAUUAAGAAUAAGAAUCAAACGCAAUAUGAAUCCUAUAUUAAUUCUACAAAAAAUAAUUGUAAGAAUGACUCGAUGCGAUACGAGUCUCGUGAACAUAUAAUAAAAAAUCACGAAGAUAAUAAUCAGACACCUAUGGAGUUCUAUACGAAUUCGACAGAGAUCAAUAAUUUCACGUUACAAGAAAUUAAUGAAAAUAUCUCUAAAACUGAAGACAAGAUCAGUUCCACCGUACGAAUACCGUACGAAUACGGCGAUUCCAACAGAAAAGUUAAAACUAUGUUUGUUAAAAAUGAAGAGUGCAAUGAUAAUGUUACUUGCAUUCAGCUCUGUUGUCCUUAUGGUCAAAACUUGACGAUAAAAGGACGAUGCAUCAAGGACGAUCAUGGAAAGGAUAGGUACAGUCUUCCAAGCAUGUACACUCUUCCAAACAAACAGAAGAAUAAUUCCGAGGAUGAAGUACCCUCGGAAGUACCUGACGAACUAUUUUUGACUGUUCAUGAUCCAUGCUAUACAGAAGGAUAUGGUCGCCAAUUUGUUUAUGCCAAUACAUAUUUGUUUCUCACCAAUGGCUCUUUGUAUAUGGCUACUGGCGAAUUCAUUUUACCAAAGUCUUAUUGCUUUGCCAUUAUGUUUCGGAAUGUAUAUGACGUGAUUGUCUGCAAUGGUCAGACAAAACUUCCAGUAUAUAUAUCCGUGUGCCACCUAUUGUCUUUGCCGUUUUUGCUGUUGACGUUUAUAAUAUAUUCCAUAUUACCAGAACUCCGGAAUAUGCACGGUUUUACACUGCGUGCACACGUGGGUUCAUUAUUCAUCACAUACUCGAUUAUAUAUUUUGGCCAACAAACUACUGACUUAGCUGAAAAGAAUUAUUGCGUUGCACUAGCAUAUAUCUUCAACUUCUUCUUUUUGGCGAGUUUUUUUUGGCUAAAUGUAACAUGCUUCGAUAUUUGGUGGACAUUUAGAGAACUCCGUUCGCAUCGAAGAGAAGGAAAGCAUUAUGAAAGAAAGAAGCUUAUAAUAUAUUCGAGCUAUGCAUGGGGAGUUACCAUCUUUCUCAACGUUUUCUGCGCCAUCAUGGAUAAUAUUUCCGAUCCACCAGAAAAUUUGAUCCGACCAGAAAUUUGCCAAAAAAAAUUUUGGUACGGUGAGAAUGAAGCAAAAACGUUAUAUUUUUACGUACCCAUGGGUCUUACUAUCAUUAGUAACGUUUUUUUUUUCGUCUGCACAACACUAACGAUUCUGAACCAGAAAAUGAAUACAGCUAGUGAGUUGAGUAAUUCGGAGGGCACGCGCCACGAUGAAAAUAAGCAGAGGUUUAAUAUGUACUUGAAGCUGUUCAUAGUGAUGGGAAUAACUUGGGUUUUGGAGAUACUAUCGUGGGUGAUUGGUACCAAUAUUGUGCCAGCGUUCAUCUGGUAUAUCACCGACACCAUAAAUGCCUUGCAAGGUCUCAUCAUUUUCAUUGUAUUUGUGUUUAGAAAGAAGAUCAAGGACAUGAUAUUAAAACUAUUUCGCGGGAAGACUUGCGGUCCAUUUAAGAUUCCAAUAGGCGAUAGUAUAGCUUCGAACAGUACUACAUCCACUACGCUGUCCAGAUCAAUGUCCAUGCAACAAAUCAGUUCCUCUAAUUAACAGCUAAUCAUCUCAAAAAUUUAAUUAGUCUUACUGAUAAAUGUUGCAAUGCAAAGGGAAAGUUCUAUUAUAGAUGAGAGUUAACAGUUAAUUAGCAGCAUAAUUUAAUUCUUCAGUCAAAGAUCUUACGUACAUACAUACUAUAUCAGAUUACAUUGUUUUACGUUGUCUUUUUUGAUCUCUUUAUAAAAAAGACCAAAAUUAUACAAGAAGAGACUGUCUCAAAUUUUAAUAAUUCUCUUCGUCUUUCACUUUA